UCCAAGAAACAAGCAUGAGGAAGACAACAUGAUACUCCCAAAAGAACACAACACUUCAAUACUAGAUUAUGAAGAUGAUGAGAUUAAAAAAAAUGGCAGAAAUAGAAUUCAAAAAAAUUAUCAUUACUUAGAAGUAAUCAGAGCUCUGUGCCUCGCACAGAGCUUCCAGCCGCGCCAUGUUGGGACAGAGCAUCCAGAGGUUCACAACCUCCGUGGUCCGUAGGAGCCACUGUGAGGAGAGCCCAGGGAAGAAUUUGCCAUUUUCAGUGGAAAACAAGUGGAGGUUGCUAGCUAUGAUGACCUUGGAUCUUGGAUCUGGAUUUGCUGCCCCUUUCUUCAUAGUACAGCACCAACUGCUUAAAAAAUAAGGAUGUUUUUGGUCAUCUGUUUAACAGAUAACAGCAUUUCAAGAGGUAAAGUCUCUGAAAAAUGGAUCAAACUCUUGAACUCAUAGCAUACUAGAUAUGUUUGUAAAUAAACUUAAGACUAGAAUGCUGAAUGCCUCUUCUCAUAUAUAGGGAAUGUGAUA